GGUGAUUUGUUAUGACUGGGAUGAUUGUUGUGUGCUUCGGGUUUGUUUGCAUUUAAAAAGGAAAAAUCAUUUUUAAAAUUAAUGCUCUGACCACCUUCAACGCGCUUGAUUAACAAGUCAUGCUUCGGGCCGUGGGCGGAAUUAUUUUGCCUGCCGCAUUGCGCCUGACUGGCAGCCAAGUUCCACGGAGCUGCAUUCGCCAUGUUCAAGCGCAUAGGCAACUGUUCACAGGCAGGGGCUGGCUUGCGCGGUUUGGAGGCAAGAACAAGCCUGUAGUGAACCCAGAACAGGGCGAUGUCACCUGGAGCAAGUUUGUGCAUGCCAGCAUCUUCACCGUCGUGGGGUCCGGCGCCAUCCUGGCCGGCUGCGUCAUCUGGGAGUACGAGGGCGUGCGGGCCAUGAUGCGUCGCUCCAUGGACCGCGGCUUGCUGUGGGGCCGCAGGCAGGCGGAGCACGGCUUCAAGCGGCCCGAGUGGCGGAACCAACUGCACAGCUGGUGGGCGUCGCAAACCGACGGUCAGAAGCUCUUCUGGCCCUUGUGCCUGCUCAACGUGGUCGUGUUCCUGGCGUGGAAGGUGCCCGCCUUCUCGCCCACAAUGCUGCGUUACUUCGCCUCCACCCCUGCCUCGCCCUGGUUCCGGCUGCCCAUGCUGCUGUCCGGCUUCAGUCAUUACUCCUUCACGCACCUGGCUGUCAACAUGUUUGUGUUGCACAGUUUCUCCACCGGUGCCGUGGCGAUGCUGGGCAAGGAGCAGUUCCUCGGACUGUACCUCAGCGGCGCGCUGGUCUCCUCGUUAGGCAGCUACCUCUACAAGAUGUUCGUCUUCACGCCGGCCGUCUCCAUGGGGGCGUCGGGCGCCAUCAUGGCCGUGCUGGGGUUCGUCUGCACCGAGUCACCCGACUCCAGGCUGGCCAUCAUCUUCUUGCCGAUGUUCACCUUCACGGCCGGCACGGCCAUCAAAGCGGUGAUGGCGUUCGACACGCUCGGCGCCGUCCUCCGCUGGAACUUCUUCGACCACGCCGCCCACCUGGGUGGCGCCCUCUUCGGCGUGUACUGGUCGCUGUACGGCCGGCAACAGGUGUGGGAGCGGCGUGAGCCCGUCAUACGCUGGUACCACAACCUGCGCGAGGCCACCCGACGGCCGUGAUCGCCGUCGCCGGUCCGUCGUCCUCGUCCGCCAGCGGCGUCCGGGCGUCCCCGGUCGCGUCACGUGUGUGGCGGAGCCUCGACACGGACAGCGCGCGC